AAAAAUCCAGAAAUACUUCCCGAUUGUAUAAAAGCCAUUAAAAUGUAAUCAACUUCAGAUGAAAUCUUCAUCGUCUUGGAAAAAUCGGCCAUCCUCGUCUUCUUAUAGGAAUCCUAAAUUUUUCGGAGCGAAUCCCUAUCAAGUAUCCGAUUUGGGUGCAUGUCAAAGUUACGGUAACCAAUCGCACCAACCUACUGUGUACGAUGUAACUUACAUUGAAAAUCUGCGAAAACGAUUCAACAGUCAACAGGAUGAGCGGAGAAGUGUCAGAAAUAAUGAAAAAUUGGGAAGCGAGACACGGCAUAUUCACAGAAGACUAAAAGAAAAUACUCAGCCAUGUGAUCUGAGUACUCUCACCUGUCUUGUCGGAUGCUGUGGAAGAUCAUUCGAACGAAUCGAGGUGCUAGCAUUCCACGUGUCAUAUGCUCAUCAAGAUGUAAUGUCUGCUGAAUCAAACAAUUUGACAUGCUUGUUGUGUGGAAAGAAAUGGACGACCGUUCGAAGAAAAAUAAUGCACCUUUCACUUGCACAUCGAGAAAUCGGCGAAGAGCAUAACAGUCAGUGUAUGCUUCAAGUGGAAUCGGUUAUUGCUCCAAAUGCACCAAAGGCUCGGAGAUUGGUAAAGGCUAGGAUGGCUUAUGAUGAUAAUAGACCGCCUGGUGACCCUAAAUAUGAUGGAUUGGAUCCCUUCUUGGAAAGUGAUAAUCCCGAAGAUGAUGAAUAUACUUAUGACACUUGACGUUGUUAAUUUUCAUGAAAAAUCCUAAUAAACGGGUAAAUUCUGAUGAUUUUUUCCCUGAUUUCAAUUGAUCCCUUACAAUCGUAUAAAUCGAGCCACUAAAU